AUGAAAAUAUUUAAACAAGUUUAUAUCUCUAUUCCUUUGGUAGAUGUAAUUAAACAUAUACCUACAUAUGCAAAAUUUUUAAAAGAAUUAUGCACACCUCGUAAGUCACCUCAAAAGAUAUCUUUAUUUGAAGAGAUUAGUGUCAUUAUUUCUCAUUCUUUGCCUAGGAAAUGUACGGAUCUAGGAGCAGCUCUCAUCUCAUGUAAAGUGGAUGAAACUACAUUUAGAAAUAUGCUCUUAGAUUUAGGAGCAAGUGUUAAUUUAUUACCUUUGACUUUUUUUGAAAAUUUCAAAUUAGGAGAACUAAAACCAACUAUAGUAGAACUUCAGUUAGCUAAUAGAUCUAUUAAAACACCUAGGGGUCUCCUAGAAGAUGUCAUUAUCUAUGUUAAAGGAUGUAGAUUUCUAGUUGAUUUUCUGAUUUUAGAUAUUCUUAUUUUAAUUAAUCUUACUCAUACACCAAUCAUAUUAGGACACCCAUUUCUUGCCACAGCCAAAUCAAAUAUUAAUUGUGAAAAUGUGAUUAUAAAUAUAAAAUAUGAAGGCCAAAACAUCUCUUUAAAUAUUUUUAAAAGUUCAAGAUUUCCACAUGAAGAUAAUGAUAAUUAUGAAGAUAUUGACGUAAUUGAUUCAUGCAUAGAAGAAAUGAAUGAUGUUCAGCAAGUUGAUCAAUUAGUUCUUCCAUUUCAUGUUCAUACAUUACAUCAAAAAUAUUAUAGGAAAGAGGCAUUAUAUCAUGACAUAAUAUUUAUAGAAUCAUCUUUAGAGAAUCUCCCACAUUUAUAA